AUGGCAACACUAAAUGCCUCAGAUGGGCAAUACCAAUGCGGUCUACAAAAAAUAUUGUGGAAGUCUAAGUUUUGUUAAUGUUAUGGAAAAUAAAUCCAUUUUACCGGACAACCUGCAGUCCCGGGUAUUCGCACUGGGUCCUGCCCCGCCAGGAUUUCGACCCCCGGAUGCUGCCGCCUUUGUCACAGCGGAGUCAAAUCUUAGUAAUGCCAUCCGCUACCUUAAAGAUGUCCAUGGCGAGCUCGAUCAGUUGCGCGCCGUCAUCCAGAAGGAGGGGAAUAACUCGAAGCGUACGUCCUACAAGGCGCAGUCCAUGACGCUUGCCAUUCAAGUGAUACGUUUCAAAGGACUUGUCGCUAAGUACAGGGACAUUCUGAUUGACCUGCAGGAUGCCGAAAUCUUCAAGGUCAAGCAGUACUUAGACCAAAUGGAGGAGAUGCUCUCCGAGGUUAACAUCUGUCUGGCCUCCAUGAGAACCAAAAUCAAGGCAAAGACCGAUCCCACACAACGCAAGUUUCAUGUGGAAAGCUCCUUCUACCUGGUACAGAAACAGCACAAGACCAAGGGACUCUGCGAGCGGUGGCGGGAUCGCCUGGACCAGCUGACGAAGGCCAGGAUGGACAAAACUGAGCAACUUACUGAGAAUCGACAGCUGAUCAAUAAACCUGAAAAAAUAUUAUACGCAGAAACAUACAAGUGUAAGGAAGCUAUAAACUCGAAACAAAGCGGUCUAAUUAAAAUGGGAUGUAAGAGGUGUGCAUACCUUAGAAAGGUGACUAAGAAUCGUCCAACAAAACUUUGUAAAGUGUGUAAAAAAUGGGCUGAUGAUGAAAAGGCAAAAGCGGCAGGAAAUAAGAAAACCAACAAAACGCCAGAAAUGGCGAAGUCGAAGAAAUUAGAAGUACGCGUGCGUACGGAUUCUGCUUCAGAAGAAGCUAUAAUUAAAAUAGAGAUAGAGCAUGGUGGAUUUACCGAUGAAGAGGAAAUUAGGUCAUUGGAAAUGGAAUCGAGCUCAAAAGAUGAGAUUAAGGAGACUUCCCAGUUAAAUCCCUGCAUCGUUGCUGUUAAAUCUCACGCAACGGCAGUAGUUAAGGAGGAAAAUGAGACUAGUCAAGACGAGGUGGACCACAAAGUAGACGCUUCCUUACAAAAUUCGCUGAAAUCCAUCGACAGUAAAAAUAUGGCCUUGGCCUACUUGAAGGUCUUACAGGAGUACGUCAUGUUAAAUGACAACUAUCGCGCCAUUGGACUACUCACUGAAGUUGAAAAAUCAGUCGUAAAUCCGCCUCAGAACGAGGAUUUCGAUCUAUGAUCUUAAUUGCGCCACAAAAAUACAGUUUAGUUUUUACCUGUAAUCUACAAUCAAAAUGUUGGUGUGUCCUGCCUUUGAGAGUCAAGACCCAAAAUGUGUAAAUAAUUGUAAUAUGCGAAAAGAGUGUAUAGAGUGUAUUAACCAACAGGGCCCCAUUAAAAUGUGGUAAAUAAACGUUAAGUGAA